AUGAUACGUCGAAUCGUUGAAGAUAUUUACGGCGGCUCAUGGGGUGUUCUCAUCAUUCGCAAUCCCGACCUAGUUUCCAGCGAAGUCCACUGGACUAUUCCCGACCACAAUAACGCCGACGGCACUCCUGCUUUUUGUCUCGCGGUAGUCAAAGGAUGGCAGUAUAACGUAUUCAAAGCAGGGAAUAAAGAUCAGCGCGAUAGGGUUACCGUUGAGGAUUUAGUGAAAAGGUGA